AUGUCUGCCUCUGUCGCGAAGGAGCAAUUAUCGAGUGAUCCGCUGGCCACGGUCCACGUCGUCCAGUCAAUUCCGGACGACAACGCUGAGGUAUUCAAGCUCGAGGCCGGUGGAGAGAAUUAUCGCAACGUAUCCUGGUAUCGGACUUUCGCUCUCAUGUUCAAGAUCUUGUUCUCCGUUGGUAUUUUGUCGAUUCCCUCUGUAUUUUCCUACGUUGGUGCUCUGCCGGGAGCGCUUUUGCUGGUUGGCUUUGGAGCGUUCAACGCAUAUGCCGCACUGAUUUUAGGAUCCUUCCGACUUCGACAUCCCGGUAUUCAUGUGAGUGCUUAA